AUGGUUAAGAGAAAGUCCAUUUUCAAGGUUUUGAAAGGAAAAGCCAAGACCGACGGUGUUGAUGAUCAUGUCUACGAAACCCAACAAGCAUUGAUCUACCUUGCAGAACAAAAGGUGGUAGAAAUCAGAAAAAAAACCGACUCACCUUUUCUACAAAUAAUCGACGUUUUGGAAGCAUCGAUCAAAAAUUGUUUAUAUCGUUCAUCUACUUCUGAGAGUGAACUUGACUGUGUGGAAGAUUGUUACAGUAUCUUGAAGAUCAUCUUUCGCGGCAAAAAGUACCAUUUCCGUCUCUGUGAAUGGAAGGCGGAUGAUGCCACUCCUGCCUCCAUCCGUAAACAAGAAUGUAAAAAUAUCCAUACCAAUGCUUGUAUCUUGAACCAGUUGACCACAAUGCCUUUUGAUGAAGAUGAUUAUGACGCCACAACACUUAGUAUAAUGUAUAUGGACUGGGUAGGCCGUGACGGUGUACUAAAAGCAAUCAUCAAGAAGGACGAUAUUCAAGUUGUGACCAAGAUUGACAGCUUAUACAUUCCUUGCUCGAUCCAUGAAAUCAACUCAAAAUUCAAAAAGUCCAUUCAGCUACUAUAUACUUGGAAGCCUUAG